UGUUUGUUGUUGGUAAAGUUGUUGUCGUGUGACCAGAAGGUCACGGAUUCAAGCCUUGGAAACAGCCUCCGGCAGAAAUGCAAGGCGAGAGCUUUAUAGUGCACCGAACUGUCCAUUUUGUGUUUGUUGUUGGUUUUUUCUUCUUGUAUAUGUUACCACAUGUAUCUUUUUCUUGUUUGGCUUUGAUUUUGGUUGAAAUUGAUCAAGGGCUGUCGUGGAGUAAUAGGUAAAGUUGUCGUCAUGUGUGACUAGGAGAUCACGGUUCAAGUCGUGGAAACAGUCCCUUGUAGAAAUGACGACGUUAGUAAUGCAGAUGUAGUUCAUUGCUGUUGUUAGAUCUCGUUAUUGUUCAACAAAUUCUGCGAAUUUGUCCCUCCGUUGUAAUAAGAUGGAAGCGUCAAAAUUGGACGUUGAUGUACUGCAAGCCUCAUCUGGAAAUGAUUCUGAUAUCACUAGCCAAGUUGCUUCUAACAUUGAUCAGUUAUCUCAGUUAAGUUCCGAGAAUGUGUCACUUGGAUUUAAAUUGUCUCUCGGCUUUAAUUCUGGUGCUAGCCAAGAUUCGAUAGGUUUUUCAGUAUCAAGCACGUGCGAAAGCAGCAAUGAACUUGCAACAGUUAGAAGAGUGUUCACUUGCAAUUUCUGCAAGCGUAAAUUCUAUAGUUCACAGGCGUUAGGCGGUCACCAGAAUGCUCAUAAACGCGAGAGGACAUUAGCAAAACGCGCUAUGAGACAGGGGAUUUUCUCAGAAAGGUAUGGUAAUUUGGCUUCUUUGCCAUUGCACGGCGCUACUAUAAGGACUUUAGGGAUCAAAGCGCAUUCUUCAUUGCACCAUGGGCUCCCACAAGCAAUGGGAUCACUUGAUUUCAAGACGAGCGCAAGAUUUGAGUCUGUACACCUGCAGAGUCCGGCUUUAUAUGUUCAGGAUAUCGGUGAUGCUGAUCACUUACUAUGGCCUGGCAGUUUUCGCCAAGUAACUAACGCUGACUUCUCUCAUCGUCCUACUAUUACAUUUACAACAAGUUCGAAUGUGGACUCUGCACAGUGGACUCCGUCUGUUGAUCAUGACGGUAUGACACCUGAUCUCACACUGAGGCUCUGAGAAGUAACUGCAUAGCUUAUCGCUUCCACAUUUGUCUCUCUUACUUCCUCUUUACCGCGAGGAUAUAUUGGAAAGGCAUAAAAUGUGUGCAUUCUGGUAGUUAGUUGAUUGCUGUACAAUAGAUCCUUGUAGUCCGGCUCUUCCCCGGACUCUGCAUAGCGGGAGCUCAGUGCACCGGGCUGCGUUUUUUUUAGUUGAUUGAUGUACAAUCUGUAUUGUAUUGAUUAUGACUUGUAACAGUGGUCUGAUUUGAGUAUUUAUUUUCACAAAAGAUUGUUGUUUUUAUUA